AUGCGUAUAACUUUGGCUGUGAUAACCUUAACUUUCGCCUUCCUCUCAGUGGAAGGCGCUCCUCUGGACGGUUUCAUUGCGGUUCCGAGGUCUCCCUCGGGACCUACUGGACCCAGCUCUUGUUCUGAGGUUGGCGAUCCUACUGUUGAUCCCGCGACCCGUUGGCAAAAGGCGGGGGCGGAUGACGCAUUCAUGAAGGCGACGCAGUACUACAAUCAGCAACGCUUGCAGGGUGGCAGCCUGACCUUCUCUCGAGCGGUAUCUCAUUACUUCCAUGGUCCUGAGAACUUCGACUGUCAAUUGGUCAGUGGUCCGUGUGAUGCGGGUGUCUCAAAGUGUGAGACUGUGUCCAGCCCGGCUGGAUGGUUGAUCCUCAAUUCUUUUGCCAAUUUUCAUAAUCUAUGGAGCAAUGUAAACACAGCCCUUCAGAAUGCGGAAGCCGAUAUAACCCCAGAGCUGGGGACUUUAACAUCAAAAUUUGCUCCUCCAGUCAAGGACAAUACCGAGAUGGAAAAGAUCCUUUUCGAUGUUAGCAAUAUACUCCUCUCUGUGUUCAACGCCUAUGUUGGAUUCGAAGCAGGCUUGAUAAAAAAUAGCAUCCAGGGAAAGAAGAUAGACAAAAGCACCUCUGCCUUUGUCGGUAUCAUUAGUGGAACUCAAACCAUGGGAAAGGAUCUUUUGCCGGCUGCCCCGGAGUACCUACCGGGAGGCGACACAGAUACUCUCACCGGUAACACGGGAACGUGGGGAGGGUUGACGAUUGACGAUAUCGCUAUUAGUGCAUAUAACGGCUUCAAGGCCAACGGCGAUAAACCAGGGUACCAGAUGCCUGAUACCUCAAAUGUCAUUGACAGCAAUGGACACAUCAAUGGAGAUCCUUUCCCCUUGCGAGCUGGGGUCAGAACCCCAGGUCUUCUUACAACCACCGUGGUUCCAAUUGGCCCUGCCAACCCUGAAAAACAACCCGACUCUCAAAAGGCAGAAUGGUAA